AGACGCGUGUACGUUUCAUUUGAACGCCGACAGCGGAUGAGCAUUGUUCUACCGAUCGAAUUACACAGAAACAUACGAUAACGCAACUGACGUCACACAUUGGACACAUUCACGUGUUGCACCGGCUUCUGACACAUUUUUAGUGAAACGUGGAAGUGAAAAUGUAUAACAAUACAAGUGCUACGCUGAUGCUGCAAACCAUCAUGGUUUUAAUGAACCAGAAUAACACCGAUGUCACCAACUUCCCCGCACCAUAUAGUGAAGAUAUGGAGUUUGAGCGGUGCUAUGGGAUGUACGGGUGUUUCUCCAAGUCAUACCCCUGGACGGAUAACAGACCUGACAACUACUUUCCCGCUCCACCAGAAGACAUGGGCGUGAGAUAUGCAGCGUUUACCAGAAGAAACCGGAAUAUACCCGUGUUAUUGCAAGCAAACGACACGGAUAAGAUACGCACCGCAAACUUCGACUCUAAAGGACCUUUCUACUUCAUCUCCCACGGUUUCCUCGAGGGCGGACACAAAAUAUGGGUCCAAAACAUGGCCGAUGCGUUGCUAAACUUGGAAGGUAACGACGGAGCGACGGUGUUCGUAGUAGACUGGCGGGGUGGCUCUCAGCCGCCGUACGGGCAAGCAGUCGCCAAUAUACGACUUAUCGGCGUCAUGACCGCUCAUCUCAUACAUAGUAUUUAUGAUGUGUUAGGGCUGUCACAUUUGGAUAAUUUUCACUUCAUUGGUCACUCUUUGGGCUCACAUUUAGGAGGUUAUUGUGGACACGCCUUGCAACGGAAAUUCAACCUGAAGCUAGGCAGGAUAACAGGGUUGGACCCCGCCGCGCCGUACUUCAGUAAAACUGUCACCCUGGUGCGCCUCGACCGGUCCGAUGCCAAAUACGUGGACAUCAUUCACAGCAACGCCAUACCCUUGUAUUUUUCUGGAUUCGGUAUGAGCGAACCUAUAGGCCACGUGGAUUUCUACCCUAACGGCGGGUCCACACAGCCUGGUUGUAAGAAAGCGAACUCUCCGACUACAGGAGUGAGCGAUGAUAUGUAUCAAUCAGUGAUCAAGUACGUCGGCUGCAACCACGAGAGAAGUUACGAGUAUUUUACUGAGAGUAUCGCUCCCAGCUGCCCUUUUAUCGCGAUACAGUGCGAAUCUUAUGAUGCGUUCCUAGCAGGCAACUGUACCAGUUGUGACAACAAGCACUUCUGCAUUCCUAUGGGUUACCACUCGCAUGGCAUUUACAAGCGGCUGCUAGGCGCUGGCUACGUCGACUCUAACUCCAAUGUCGCGCUCUAUGCCAUGACUGGGAGCUCUAAGCCAUAUUGCCGGGUACAUUAUGAAGUGAAGCUGUCGGUAUCGAACUCAACAGAGAGUCGCGUGCACGGCCCCGACGUGGGCCGCAUCGCAAUCACGCUCGUCGACCGGAACGGAAACAGGAGUAACAGCAAAAUGCUCGAUGACGAACAAAAAUACUACAGGCCAGGUGACGUAGAAACCAAGAUGGUGGCAGUCAAAGAUACAGGUUUCCCGCCAUUAUCCGUCAUCGUCGAGUGGAAGUAUGAGUCGAAUCUCUUCAACCCGAUCACGUGGCGGUUACUCAAGUCCCCCAGUAUCUACAUCGACUACCUUAAGUUGUCUUCCAUUGAGUAUAAUACUGACAUCACUGUCUGUCCGAAGAUGAACAAACCUGUGGUGGCAAACAUGCCCACUAUGAUGAAGACCAAAUAUUGCAAGUUAAGGAAAUAGAAAUAAAUAAAAAUAUACAUUAGUAACUUAACCUCAGGGACGCUCUCUUUGUACCAGUAACAAGACUUGAAAAUGUUGGCACAGAUUAAAAGAGUCCGGUAAUAAAAAAAAACCUGUGUCAUGCUUUUCAUCGUCUUACUUAAAUCAAUGCAAUGUCGUUUCUAAAAAGUAUUAUAGAAGUAUUUUUAAAUGUACACGCGAUAUAUUUUUAUAACUCGUAAUUAAUGUAAAUUACUCUUGUAUAGUAACAACUAGAACUUAGAUUGUAAUUCAUCGUAAAUAAUUAUAAGAUUGUAAAGUAACAAUUUAAUCUCUUUUACAUUAAUUAUAUUAUACAUUACAAAAAUAAAUUAUUUUUUAAAUAGUGGUAA